UCAAUAACAUUAGUAACAUAGCAGUGUUUGCUGGGUUUCUCUACUUGCUAUGGUUAGUGUACUGAUUCUGAGGAACCCUUCACCUUUGUUGUAAUCGGUCACCGGAGCUUCUACACUUGAUCGUAUUCGUCAGUAAUAACAAACAAAGGGUCCAUCCAUCAACUUUCUCUUUCCCCUCCCAUUUUUCAAUUCAACAUAUCUGAUAUUCCAACUUUCUGAACUCAAUUGAAACGAUGAAUAGAAAGGGAAAAAAAUAAUAGUGUCACUAAAUUUUAACAUGCUUGCAGGUUCUUCUAUUCGCUUUGUCAAAUGGAAAGUGUUUAAAUCUGGUUCAUAAUCUUCUAGUAGUUUUUUUCAACCUGGAUAGGAUGAUGGAUCACCAAUCUGGCCAGGGAUUUGAUUCGGAUGGCAGUGACUUUGAUGUGUUAGCAGAAAUCAGUGAGAAACAUGAGAAAGUAGAAGACGAAUUUACAAACAGUUUAGAAUUAUGUACAGGUGAAGAUAAAGAGUUUGUCGAACAACCUGUAGCAGAUUCGGACACAUUAGAACCAUUCAUAGGCAUGCAGUUUAACUCAAGGGAGGAAGCCAGAGGAUUCUACGAUGGCUAUGGUAGGAGGAUAGGAUUUACAGUACGGAUACACCAUAACCGCCGUUCGCGAGUAAAUAACGAGCUUAUUGGUCAAGAUUUUGUUUGCUCAAAAGAAGGUUUUCGUGCAAAAAAGUAUGUGCACAGAAAAGAUAGAGUGCUCCCUCCUCCACCGGCCACCCGAGAAGGUUGUCAAGCCAUGAUAAGGUUGGCUUUACGGGAUGAAGGGAAGUGGGUUGUCACCAAAUUUGUGAAGGAACAUACACAUAAACUGAUGAGUCCUGGUGAAGUUCCGUGGCGAGGAUCCGGGAAGCACUUGGUUAGUGAGGAUGAGAAAGAUAGGAGAAUCCGUGAGCUAUCACUUGAGUUGCACAACGAAAGGCAAAAGUACAAAAGACGUUGUGCAGCGUAUGAAGAACAGUUAAAUACGAUUCUGAACGAUUUGGAAAAGCACACAGAACACAUCUCUAAAAAGGUUGCUGAUGUAGUCCAAAAUAUAAGAGAGAUUGAGGAAGAAAAAUCAGAUUCAGAUGGCAGGUAAUUGAUGCCAGUAUAUUCCAUUCUGCCAGACAUUCUGGUGAGAUACUUGGUCCUAUUCGCAAUUUGAAGUUUUCAAACGUAAUUCUAUCAACAUUUGGCUUGAAGUUGUGUAGUGGUAAUAUUAAAUCUUCAGGCAUCAUAUAGGUUAAUGGGAAAUUCAUUUUCCGGUGUGUAUCAUGUCCGGGAUUAGGUGCUUAAAUUUUUAACUUUAACAUGUUGAAAAGUGUUUCCCUUGUGAGUACCAUAGCCAUUGUAUCCUUGCAUUAAUUGUAAUCAAAUGUUUCCAGCUGCACAUUUUGAUUUAUCACCAAUACAGCAAGUGAAUGAGCAUUUACCUUUUCCAA